CAGCAUAAUAAAAUGGCUAAUCAGGUGAAUGGUAAUGCGGUACAGUUAAAAGAAGAGGAAGAACCAGUGGACACUUCCAGUGUUACUCACACAGAGCACUACAAGACACUGAUAGAGGCAGGCCUCCCACAGAAGGUGGCAGAGAGACUUGAUGAAAUAUUUCAGACAGGGUUGGUAGCUUAUGUCGAUCUUGAUGAAAGAGCAAUUGAUGCUCUCAGAGAAUUUAAUGAAGAAGGCGCCCUCUCUGUGCUCCAGCAGUUUAAGGAAAGUGACCUGUCUCAUGUACAGAACAAAAGUGCAUUUUUAUGUGGAGUUAUGAAGACCUACAGGCAAAGGGAGAAACAGGGGAGCAAGGUACAAGAAUCAACAAAGGGACCUGAUGAAGCAAAGAUUAAGGCUUUGCUUGAGAGGACAGGUUACACGCUAGAUGUAACCACAGGACAGAGGAAAUAUGGUGGUCCUCCUCCAGAGAGUGUAUAUUCUGGUGUACAACCUGGCAUUGGAACAGAGGUUUUUGUAGGUAAGAUACCAAGAGAUUUAUAUGAAGAUGAAUUGGUGCCACUGUUUGAAAAGGCUGGUCCCAUUUGGGACUUACGCCUUAUGAUGGAUCCUCUGUCUGGUCAGAAUAGAGGGUACGCCUUCAUCACUUUCUGUGGAAAGGAUGCUGCACAGGAAGCUGUCAAGCUGUGUGACAGCUAUGAAAUCCGUCCUGGUAAACACCUUGGAGUGUGCAUUUCGGUGGCAAACAACAGGCUGUUUGUUGGAUCGAUUCCAAAGAACAAAACCAAGGAAAACAUAUUGGAAGAAUUCAGCAAAGUCACAGGUUUAACAGAGGGUUUGGUGGACGUUAUUCUCUAUCAUCAACCCGAUGACAAAAAGAAGAAUCGGGGGUUCUGCUUCCUUGAGUAUGAAGACCACAAGUCGGCAGCACAAGCCCGGCGCAGGCUUAUGAGUGGGAAGGUCAAAGUCUGGGGCAAUGUUGUGACCGUGGAGUGGGCCGACCCUGUGGAGGAACCAGAUCCGGAGGUUAUGGCCAAGGUGAAAGUUUUAUUUGUGAGGAACUUGGCCACUACAGUGACAGAGGAAAUACUGGAGAAAUCCUUUUCUGAAUUUGGAAAACUAGAAAGAGUGAAGAAGCUUAAAGAUUAUGCAUUUGUUCACUUUGAAGACCGGGGAGCAGCUGUUAAGGCCAUGGAUGAGAUGAAUGGGAAAGAAAUAGAAGGGGAAGAAAUUGAGAUAGUGUUAGCCAAGCCUCCGGACAAGAAAAGAAAAGAACGCCAGGCUGCAAGACAGGCCUCCAGAAGUACUGCGUAUGAAGAUUAUUACUACCAUCCCCCACCUCGUAUGCCACCUCCUCUGAGAGGCCGGGGGCGUGGUGGGGGCAGAGGCGGCUAUGGUUACCCCCCAGAUUACUAUGGCUAUGAAGAUUAUUACGAUGACUACUAUGGCUAUGAUUAUCAUGACUAUCGUGGAGGCUAUGAAGACCCCUACUAUGGCUAUGAUGAUGGCUAUGCAGUAAGAGGAAGAGGAGGAGGAAGGGGUGGGCGCGGUGCUCCGCCACCACCACGGGGGCGCGGAGCACCACCUCCACGAGGUAGAGCUGGCUAUUCACAGAGGGGGGCACCUUUGGGACCGCCAAGAGGAGCUCGGGGCGGGAGAGGGGGCCCUGCACAGCCACAGAGAGGCCGUGGUUCACGCGGAGCUCGGGGUAACCGUGGGGGCAACGUAGGAGGCAAGAGAAAGGCCGAUGGGUACAACCAGCCCGAUUCCAAGCGCCGUCAGACCAACAGCCAGCAGAACUGGGGCUCCCAGCCCAUCGCCCAGCAGCCGCUGCAGCAAGGUGGCGACUAUUCCGGGAAGCGUGGUUGAGGCUGCCCUGACCUGACAUGUCAUGAUGUCGACUUGCUAGGUGGGGUUCGCUGGGGACGAUACCAAUGGAGUUGUUGACGGUCUUCGUGAAUCGGCGCGUUCCCCAGCACCCAGCGGCUAACCUGGUAAUGAGGCUCUCUGAACUUAGCUAGGCGGGUCCUUGGAUGGCAGACGCCCAGUCCACCUGCUGGGCCCUGUGCUCAGUCUUUGCAGCUCGGCAGGACCUUCCGGAGCUUGCACUUUUGCCUGCCAUUGCCUUCAGGAACCCAGGUCACUUCCACACUGCCAUGUUGCUUCAAAGGAAGACUUCAAUGGAGGUGAUUUUGCUUGAUAUACUAAUAAAAUCAUAUUUUCAGUACUGAAGUAAGAUAGCCACAAUGUAUUUUCUUCAUCCUACCUUGCCUCUACUCUGAGAUGGCUUUCAUUCCCUCUUUACUAAUCCGGGCAUCAGCUCCAAGGGCAUCUUUGAGGAGGUCUUGGGAAAUCCUUGCACAGGAACCUUUGAGAAGGUUCUGGGAGAGCCCCACCAGUGUUGUGACUCCCUCUGGUGCAUUCUUGGGACUUACCCUCUGUCCUUGGUUCACUUUACAGCUCUCUCUGUAUGUCGUAAUAGGAAAGUUUGUGAGACACUGGGCAGCUUAGAUAAGGAAGCCUUCAUCCCUCAGGGAUAGCUUUAUAGCAGAUAGUGGGAAUACUUCGAAAACCAUGUUGAAAUGCACAGUUCAGGAAGCUUUCCCUAAAGGUGGGAAAAAUAACCUGCAUUGACAACUUCCACAGUACUUUCUCCAAAGAGAGUCCCUGAGGUACAGAAACAGCAUCUUGAUUUUAAAGAUGAGGAACCAUGCUCUCAGAUGGGGAAGGGACUGGCCAGACGUUAUGUGGUUAGUCAGAAAACAAUGUGUGUCAUGGAUGAAAUAUUUGCACACAAGCAGACAUAGGGCCUCUACCACCGUAAUUGGGCAAUGAGGUCAUUACUACAGGAGAAAUAAACUUUGUGGCAACAUGAUGCAAUCUGCUGACCUAUUAUUUUACCUGAGAUGAAAAUAACAAAACUAUUCUGUGGGGGAUAACUGCCCUAAUAACAUUUCACCUGCUGCUGAGUUUUUGUAGAAGGAAUUAAAUAUUGGGUGCUCUAUUCCUGUCGUAAAUAAAGGGUUUUACUGUGUAUAAACAGUCUCAGUAAAGCUCUUUCUUAAGCUGUUUGUCUUUAGUGCCUCCUAAUGGACAAGGUUGCUCAAGUAAAGCAGUUGUCCAGCAUUGGGGGUGGAAUCCUGUUUGAGUGUGGUGACGGUGACUCUUUGAUAAAGCUGCUGCUAGGCCAUGGCCCGAAGCCUGAAGUAACAAAGCUUGGCUGGCAGGGAUACUCAUUCCCAUGGUUGGGCAGGCCUCUAGCAUAAGGCCAUUCACAAGGUUCUGUCCACUUGGUAGGGAAUUCAACGAAAUUUUAUAGUUCUUGGUAUAGAUUUAUGUAUCUGUUUGAACUGUAUUG